AUGGAGCACGUGACGGAGGGGUCGUGGGAGUCGCUGCCGGUGCGGCUGCACCCGCGGGUGCUGGGCGCGCUGCGGGAGCUGGGCUUCCCCCACAUGACGCCGGUGCAGUCCGCCGCCAUCCCGCUGUUCCUGAGGAACAAGGACGUCGCUGCCGAGGCGGUCACGGGGAGCGGGAAGACCCUCGCUUUCGUCAUCCCCAUCCUGGAGAUCCUCCUGCGGAGGGAAGAGAAGCUCAAGAGGCAUCAGGUGGGAGCCAUCAUCAUCACGCCCACUCGAGAGCUGGCUGUGCAGAUAGACGAGGUCCUGGCGCACUUCACCAAGCCCUUCCCGCAGUUCAGCCAGAUCCUCUGGAUCGGAGGCAGGAAUCCCGGGGAAGAUGUCUCCAGGUUUAAGGAACACGGGGGGAACAUCAUUGUGGCGACGCCAGGCCGCCUGGAGGACAUGUUCCGAAGGAAGGCCGAGGGCCUGGACCUGGCCAGCUGCGUGAGGUCCCUCGAUGUCCUGGUGUUGGAUGAAGCGGACAGACUUCUGGACAUGGGGUUCGAGGCCAGCAUAAACACCAUCCUGGAGCUGCUGCCCAAGCAGAGGAGGACGGGGCUGUUCUCGGCCACGCAGACGCAGGAGGUGGAGAGCCUGGUGCGCGCGGGCCUGCGGAACCCCGUGCGCGUGUCCGUGAAGGAGAAGGGCGCGGCGGCCAGCAGCACCCAGAAGACCCCCUCGCGCCUGGAGAACCACUACAUGGUGUGCAAGGCAGAUGAGAAGUUUAACCAGCUGGUCCAUUUCCUGCGCAACCACAAGCAGGAGAAGCACCUGGUCUUCUUCAGCACCUGCGCCUGCGUGGAAUACUACGGGAAGGCGCUGGAGGCGCUGGUGAAGGGCGUGGAGGUCAUGUGCAUUCACGGGAAGAUGAAGUUCAAGCGCAACAAGAUCUUCAUGGGCUUCCGCCAGCUGCAGAGCGGGAUCUUGGUGUGCACCGACGUGAUGGCCCGCGGCAUUGACAUCCCCGAGGUGAACUGGGUGCUGCAAUACGACCCCCCCAGCAGCGCAAGCGCCUUCGUGCAUCGCUGCGGCCGCACUGCGCGCAUCGGCCACGGCGGCAGCGCGCUGGUGUUCCUGCUGCCCAUGGAGGCGGCCUACGUCAACUUCCUGGCCAUCAACCAGAAGUGCCCCCUGCAGGAGAUGCAGCCGCAGAAGCACACGGCCGACCUCCUCCCGAAGCUGCGGGCGCUGGCCCUGGCCGACCGGGCCGUGUUUGAGAAGGGCAUGCGCGCCUUCGUCUCCUUCGUGCAGGCCUACGCCAAGCACGAGUGCAGCCUCAUCUUCCGGCUCAAGGAUCUGGACUUCGCUGCCCUCGCGCGCGGCUUCGCCCUCCUGAAGAUGCCCCGGAUGCCGGAGCUGAGGGGGCAGCAGUUCCCGGACUUCGUGCCCGUGGACGUCGACACGGACACCAUCCCGUUCAGAGACAAGAUCCGGGAAAAGCAGAGGCAGAAGCUGCUGGAGCAGAGGAAGGAGAAAACCGACAACGAGGGGAGGAGGAGGUUCGUCAAAAACAAAGCGUGGUCGAAGCAGAAAGCCAAGAGGGAGAAGAAGAAGGUGAACAAGAAGAGGAAGAGGGAAGAGGGCUCCGAGCUGGAGGACGAGGACACGGAGGAGCUCCUGAAGGACACGCGGCUCCUGAGGAAGUUCAGGAAAGGCAGGAUCACGGAGGAGGAGCUGGAGAAGGGGCUGCUGACGAGCACCAGGGGGCCCGUCAGGACCGAGGGUUUGGGGGUCUCCGAUGUGGAGGGGGACGGCUGA